CGCCGAACAAAUCCACAACGGAUCUUGCAUCUUUCGCUGAAAUCCAGAAAUUCAGCAACAAUCGGCGACAUCAUCAACCUCCCCCCCCCCAUCACACACACAAUGUCGAAGCUUGGAAACCGCGCCGACUGGGCCGACGACGAGGAGUUCGACGACCCCUCCGCUCUCCCCCCGCAGCAAAUCACGACCAACAAAGAUGGCACGAAGACUAUCGUCUCCUACCGAUUCAACGACGAAGGCAAGAAGGUGAAGGUGACCCGCCGGAUCAAAACAACCGUUGUUCGCGAACAUGUCAACCCUCAGGUCGCGGAGCGGAGGACCUGGGCCAAGUUCGGUCUGGAGAAGGGCAACGCGCCCGGACCUUCCUUCGAUACGACCUCCGUGGGUGAGAACAUUGCUUUCCGGCCCAGCGUCAACUGGAAGGUUCAGGCGGCCGAGGCGGAGAAGAAUGGUGGCGAGAAGGGCAGUAUGAAGGAUCAGCUGAAGGACAAGAAGGUCAAGUGUCGUAUUUGCAGUGGCGAGCACUUUACUGCUCGUUGUCCCUUCAAGGAUACUAUGGCUCCUGUCGACGAGCCCUCUGCUGGUGGUGAGGGUGGUGCUGAGGAUUCUCCGGCUGCUGGCGCUUUGGGUGCUGGUACUUCUAGCUACGUGCCCCCUCAUCUGCGGAAGGGUGCUGCUGGUGGCGGAGAGAGAAUGGCUGGCAAGUAUGAGAAGGAUGAUUUGGCGACUCUGAGAGUUACGAACGUGAGCGAGUUGGCAGAGGAAGGAGAACUGCGGGAUCUGUUCGAACGCUUCGGUCGGGUCACCAGAGUUUUCCUUGCCAGAGACAGAGAAACCCAGAGAGCCAAGGGCUUCGCUUUCAUCAGCUUUGCGGAUCGGGACGAUGCUGCACGUGCUUGCGACAAGAUGGAUGGCUUCGGUUACCGUCACCUCAUCCUGCGCGUCGAAUUCGCCAAGCGUGCCACUUAGAUUUUCUCCAAUUUCCAAUUCCCACAUUUUUUUCUUCCCACACUUUAUUCUCCUCCUUAUUCAACUUCUUUUGCUUUUUGGUUUUCCGUACGUAUCGUGACAUGACACCCUUGGGUCUCUUUUCGUCAGGCAGGCGGGUAUCUCCAUCCAUCCACACUUUCCAUGGCUGAAGAAGAUCUAUUGACUACAUUUCUUUGUAUUGUAUGAUCCGAUCGAUAAUGAUGAUUACUGAAGAACAAAAUGCAUUCUAAUGUGUCGUGCGUGUGUGUGUCGUCUUCCCUCUUUGCUUUUUUGGGGUCGAUUUGAUACAGAGAAAAGCAGCGUGGUCUGGUCUUCCUUUAUCCUUAUUCGCGCACUACUCUCUUCCGGUUCAAUGUGUCUAUUUGUCAUGCUGAGUUGCAAGGCAAGGCAAGCUUGCUUGCAUGCUCUUUUUUUUUUUUUUU